GUCAAUGUUCAUGUUCAAAUCAGAGCGUAUUUUUGGAAGGAAUGGCGGGUAUUUGGUUGACAAGCAUGACAAUGUUGGUCACUACAGAUCUUGGAGUGACAAUAUUGAGCGAUAUUUUAAGUUAAGCUUGUUUUAGCUUUUGUUCAAAAACAGUUUUUGUUAUAUUCGAUAGUUCAAUGAAAUUACCAUUUUGGAAGGUGAUAAAACUCCAUUGGACUCAUUUGUGCAUCAUGCGUCCGACGCUGAUCUCCACAUUCCUAGUUAUAAUUGCUUUCUCGGAAGGUGUCAGUUCAACAUCACGUCGGGAAAAGUCAACGGAAAAGCCGUACGCACCUCCUUCACUCAACGACCCAUACUCACCCAAACAUCAACAUUCGUCCACACACAUCAGCGACUUCACAGAUCCAGGCACUGGACUCAAUCCCUUCAUAGAUCUGGAAGAAGGCGAUUUUCCCAACGGCAGAAAUGUGAUGGAAGAUGAAAGAAGGGACGAUUUCGACCCCAUCAUGGAUUUUGACCCUGUGGAAGGAGAAGCCACUGGACGCAAGUGGGGCUUCGAUUACAAUGAAAAACCCAUGGAGAAGCCCAUCCGAAGGCCAAUUUUUGAAGUGGAAAAGAAUGACAACACGCCAAUUCCAUCAACUUCAUCAGUUCAGGUACAAACCACAACAGAAGAAACUCUGACCUCUGCAAGUGAUGAGGUCAUUUUGCAAGAAGACAAUUUGACUGAUGUCGAGCAAAAUGAAAAAGAGUCCAUAAUGUUUUCGAAAGAUACGGUCAUUUACGCUUCAGUAACUACAGCUGCAGUGGCAGCUAUAGCUCUCCUAGUAGGAGCCUGUUGGUGGAAAAGAAAAUUGAAAAGAAUUUCCCACACUCCAGUCGAAAUGGAAAAUGGUGAGCUUAAAAGUUAGUUCAAAUGUGUUUAUAAUAUGUUGAACUUACGAAGAAUGGAUAACUCAGGGGAUUGAAACUUUUGGUGCACAUAAGACAAACGUUCAUUGAACUUUGCGAAUGUAAAAGAAAACACAAUGAACAAUGAAACAUGCUGAAUGAAAAAUUUUUGUCAGAAUUGCUCCUAAAAAAAGAGAAAAUCAGAUUUUGAAUCUUUCAACCAUCAAACAUGUGAUCAUUAUUUCAGAAAAUAUUUGCCAGUGAUUUUUUUUUUUGAUAUAAUUUAAUAUCAAACAUUCAUAAAAUCUCCGAUUGAAACACAUCAGAUUAUUCCAUACAAAGAACAAAAAGAAUAAUUCUUUGUGUUACAAAAUGAAGCUUUAAAUUCUUGUUUUCAAUUAUAAAAAAAAAAAAGAAAAAAGUCUUCAUAAUUUGAAAUUAAUGUUGCUGGUCAAAUGUGAAAAAGAGAGGGCAAAUUCAUGUCACUGUUAAGUCGACUUCUAGUACUAUUAAACCCACUUGAAACUUUCCAAAAGUGAAGCGAAAUCAUUCUACUCCUACAACAUUGAUCCUAAAAUCUCCCAGAUUGUUUUCGAAAGUCAUAAUAUCCAGUGAGAGAGAAAAAGAGAGAUUAAACAGGGACACAUCGACUGUAAAAUGGACUGUGCAAUAUAGGAUCAGAAAGCUAAAUAAUCUAGCUUAAGUUAUUCCAAAGAUAACUGAACAUUGUAAAAAAUAUUUAAUGGCACAUUACAAGUGUGUAAAUAUACAUGCACAUAUGAUGUACAAAUUCAUUAAAAUUUGUAAAAUACAUUUUCUAUUAAAUGGAUUAAUUUCAGACUGUUUCUCUCUCUUCUGUACCUUUAGACAUGUU